AUGAGUGUCGGCAGUGGGCAAUGGCUGCGCACCGUCUCCUUGUCGACAAUAAUAGCAUUAUCGUGUACAAUGUUUGCGUUCGCCGUCACGUCCAUCGAGGCGCAGGCAGUGCAGCAGUGCCCGCCUCACGGUAAUAUUGCUCCAUGCUCCUGCCAUGUCAAAAAGAAUGGUCUUGACUUGCUGUGCGAGUUCACGGACAUGCAACACAUCAGCGUUGCUAUGGAUGCCCUCAAAGGGAAAUCUUCAAUUAUCUUCUAUUUAAAACUGAGGCAUAACAUUCUACCAAAACUGCAAGGUUUCGUGUUUCUUGGACUGGAUAUACGCCAUCUAACGAUACAUAACAGCAGUCUGGCUGUUGUUGAAGAAUCGUCGCUUAGCUCAAUAGGAAAGGCUUUGACCCAAUUAGAUGUGUCGCAAAAUGGGUUGCAAAGUGUUCCUUCUCCAGCGUUAAAAAAUCUGAAUCACCUUUUGAUUCUUAAUAUGAAUCAUAACAAAAUAAGUUCUUUACACGCAAAAGCAUUCGAAGGUUUGGAUACCCUGGAAAUACUUACUCUUUAUGAAAAUAAAAUUUCCAACAUCGAACCAGAUGCAUUUAAAGGACUUGAGAAAAAACUCAAGCGGCUAAAUUUGGGUGGUAACGAUCUUGUGGCAGUGCCACAACGAUCCCUUGCCAUUUUGGAAAUGUUGAAAAAACUAGAAAUACAAGAAAAUCGCAUAUCUUCAAUAUCAGAAGGCGAUUUUGAAGGACUUCGUAGUCUAGACUCUCUGGGUUUGGCUCACAAUCAUCUCAAAGAAGUUCCACCAAGAGUAUUUUCUCAUUUGACGUUGCUAAAUUCGCUGGAACUGGAUGGGAACUCUAUCACAUAUAUAGAUCCCGAUGCAUUUGCAGGACUGGAAGAAAAUCUUCAGUACCUACGUUUAGGAGAUAAUAAUUUACAUAGCAUUCCAUCAGAAGCCUUGCGACCACUUCAUAGAUUAAGGCACUUGGACCUAAGAUCAAACAAUAUAUCAGUUAUAUUAGAAGACGCCUUUACUGGAUAUGGAGACUCCAUAACGUUUCUCAAUCUUCAAAAAAAUGAUAUAAAGACAUUACCAGCUAUGGGAUUUGAAAAUUUAAAUUCUUUAGAAACAUUGAAUCUUCAAAAUAAUAAACUAACGCAUAUACCUGAAGAAAUAAUGGAGCCUAUAGUUGAUACUCUAAGAGUAGUGGAUAUAAUGGAUAAUCCGUUAAUAUGUGAUUGUGAGAUACGCUGGUAUAGAGAUUGGUUACGAAAUCUGAAAGACAAAGAUGAUGAAAUGAUGCAGAAAAAACGCACAAUAUGCACAAUGGAAAACGAGCACAGGGAGUACGCUGUGCAGAGCGUGCCCUUCGAGAAAAUGAACUGCAUCUGGAAGAACAUGGGUCGCAGUUCAUCCGCAAUCAGGCAGGAAGCCCACAUCAGGAUCACCUUCGCUAGCCUCCUGACAACUUCAUUAUGGUUAAUCAAACUUUCGGUCUGA